GACGGGAAGAAGGUAGUUGGCGGGAGUAUGGACGGUGAAGUAAAGUUGUGGGACAUCGACACAUGCAAGGUCAUCGCGAAAUGGACGGGACACACAAAGGAGGUGGCAUCUGUCUGCUGGAGUAGAGAUGGUCGGAGAGUAUUAAGCGGAUCCAACGAUGGGACUGCAAGGCAAUGGGACGUGGAAAAUGGAGAGACAAUCCUCAGGCCAAUCGUGACUGGGCACACUUUGGUGUCUGCAGUCGUUUAUUCGCCAGACAUGACCCUGAUGGCAAUUGGUGGAUGGGAUGAGCCUAGGAAUGGAAAAAACAGCGGGUCCUCGGUCAAAAUUUGGGAUGCAAAGACAGGCAAGCUUGUCGCAACUCUCAAAGGACACAUACACUCAGUGCACUGCCUGGCCUGGACUGGGGACGGAAAAACGCUUAUCUCCGGGUCAUUCGAUUUCUCGAUUAGGACAUGGGAUACCACCAAGUGGGAGCAAAUUGCGGUUCUGAAAGAACACACUCUCCAUGUCAAUGCCAUUGCAAUAUCACCGAAUGGUCGCAUCCUCGCAAGCGCAUCGGCGGACUACACA